AUGAGUUACAUUCACCCCUCAUGGAACUAUCAGGGUCACCACCAGGGCAUUCCGAUGGACCAACACAUGGCAUAUGAUCCGUCUAUGGUCCCUCCACCAAUGAUGCACCCCAUUGAUGGCUAUAUGUAUCCUCAUCCGCCAAUGGAAAUGAUUGACUACUACCACCAACCGAUUAUGGAUUACGACGAGUACACAGAAAAUCUGUCGCGACCUCGGUUGACCAAGGAACAAGUCGAAACCCUGGAGGCCCAGUUUCAGGCCCACCCCAAACCAAGCAGCAAUGUCAAGCGUCAAUUGGCGGCUCAGACAAAUUUGAGCCUGCCUCGCGUCGCUAAUUGGUUCCAAAACCGCCGCGCCAAAGCCAAACAACAGAAACGCCAGGAGGAAUUUGAAAAGAUGACAAAGGCGAAGGCUGAAGCCGAGGAGGCUGCUCGGCGGAAAUCAGAGACAUUAGACCAGUUGUCCGAGUCUCGAAAAGGAUCUAUCGCUAGGGAGGAAACGGAGAAGUCCGCUACCCCCAAGCAAACUCCUACUUCUACAACCAGUGGACACGCCAAAUCAGAUUCCACAUCCAGCCGCUCCAAGCACCACAAAACGAAAAGUGAGUCGGCACGAGAAGCUACAUUUGCGUCAUUACAGAGGGCACUCAACGCUGCUUGUGCUGCCCGGGAUCGUUUCGGUCGCCGAAUCAACCCUCGAAGCAAGAAUGACACCGUCCCCGAAGAAGAUGAGGCGGUCUCUCCUGGCUCGAUGCCCCCACCCACCACUGCCACUCCGACCAAUGACAAUGGAAAUCUCUCUAACAUCAACUCUUCCUUUUCAGGCUGGUCUGAUAUUAAGGAAGAUCCAUCUUCGUGGGGAUCCGACGAGCACAACGCGCACGUCGGGUUCAGCACUGCAGAGCAGGCCUCAUACUCCGCUACCCACCAACCGAUGGCAGAGAUGCCCGCCUCUUCUCACUCUGUGCAGCACAACGGGGAUACCUACUCGAGUCAUCUCCCACCUCACACAGAAGAGUGGUCACAGAACAGGGAAACACUCUCUUCUCAUGUGCAUGAUUCCAACUUUGUUUACAACAACAUGCAAUAUCCCAUGUCUAUGCAGGCCCCUAAUAUUUCUCUACAUCGUCGGGAGUCUUCUGAUGCUCUGACUACUUCCUUGAAGGGCAUUGGAAUUUGCACAUCUGACCAACCUGGGCUGUCUCAAUCCCUCAAUCGAAACGAAGGGGCUUCUUGGAAGGAAAACGGGAAAGAACUUGAUCUCGCGGCACGACGCAAGCGUCCUCGCCCCGCUGCCAUUGGUACUUCUGGAAAUCGCUCGUUGGCUAACUCAACUUCGAUGUCCUCGCUAUCGCCAACCGCUCGUGUGCCCAGCUCCGGGCCUGGCAACUCGAUGAGACAAUCCAAGUCGGCUCAGAGUCUCAAUUCCCGAUACGCUGGAGUCAGAAAAGCCUCCGCUGCUCAGCGCUCUCCUCUCAACUUCACCUUUGCUGAGUCAGGGUCCAUUAAGAAGGCCGAGAAGAUGCUACGACCCUCGGUCUCGACGAAUACCUUGGCUCCUCCGACUCCCUUGACUCCGCAAGAUCUCCAGCACUUUAUGCCUGCCUCUCCCACAGAUAGUAACUACUGCAUGUCAGCGCAUUCCACAACACACUUCUUCCCCACCUCCCAACCUAUGCAAGUGAACAUCGCAUCACCUCCUACCACGCCUCUGGAUAUCUAUUCCCCCUUCCCAUACCAGAAUGUCGCCCCGCCAAUGUCAGCUCCGGCUCAAGUCUCUUCCUUCCCUGAAUAUGUCACGUGUGAUUCAGUUCCCAUGACGGCCCGCAGCUGGGCUGACACCGGUUCCAUUUCCUCGCCUGAGUACCCUGCGGGCCUCCAGGUACCUCACUCAAGUACUGUUUCGCCCAUGGGCUACGACGCAACCACCGAUCACACCGGUCAAGCCUUUGGAAUGGAGCCAGUGUCUGGCUCCCCAUCUCUGAUCUAUUCGAUCGAAGACGCUGAGUUGCCAGGCUCUGCUGAGCUUGUAGAAAGGAAGCGAACCGACUUCAUGAUGCGAGAUUUCCCAGAUGAUGCUCACCGCUAUGGAGGACAUCACGUGCCGUCAAUGCAAAAGCCGAAAGCCUACACUUUCGCAAACAACACGACGCCUAGCAACUACCCUUCUUGA